UCAGCUUGGCUUCUGUAAAAUAGGUUGAUUUAAGGAUCCUUUCAGCCCCUAUUCCUAGGGUACUUUACUGUGUACCGCCUCCUCCCCCGGCCUUAUACACGCGGCCUUGAAGACAUUCAGUUCUAGCCUUAUUUUAAGUGGGGAUAAGCCGGUCCCAGUCAUCCAGCUAUAGUUUUUAUUCCCUGCAUACCAUUCUGUAAUUGUCCCCAAGCUUAGUCCACAAGAGGGUGGGACAUUCUGGGUCAAGAAAUAAAAAGUUGGGGUGGGAGUGAUCUGGGGAGCUGCCACUAUGCAUCUGCCUAUGGUGCUUGCCCCCACAGGGAGUGCUUGGUUCCCCCUCCCUAUGCCACCCCCAGGAUGCCUCUGUCCCGCUGGUUGAGAUCUGUGGGGGUCUUCCUGCUGCCAGUCCCCUGCUGGGCGCCCCGGGAGAGGUGGCUGGGUUCCUUACGGCGGCCCUCCCUGGUGCACGGGUGCCCAGUCCUGGGGGCCUGGCACGGUGCCCGCUGCUGGUGCCAAGCGUGGACAGAGGAGCCUCGAGCACUUCGCUCCUCCCUCAGAAUGAAUGGAGAUCAGAAAUUGGACGUUUAUGCCCGAGAAAAGCAGGAUUUCAUCCAGCACUUCUCCGAGAUUGUCAGGGUGCUGACUGAGGAUGAGAUGGGGCACCCAGAGACAGGAGAUGCUAUUGCCCGGCUUAAGGAGGUCUUGGAGUACAAUGCCAUUGGAGGCAAGUACAACCGGGGUAUGACAGUGCUGGUAGCAUUCCGGGAGCUGGUGGAGCCAAGGAAACAGGAUGCUGAUAGUCUCCAGCGGGCCCUGACCGUGGGCUGGUGUGUGGAAUUGCUGCAAGCGUUCUUCCUGGUAUCAGAUGACAUCAUGGAUUCAUCCCUAACCCGCCGGGGCCAGAUCUGCUGGUAUCAGAAGCCAGGCAUAGGUUUGGAUGCCAUCAAUGAUGCUCUGCUUCUGGAAGCAUGUAUCUACCGCCUGCUGAAGCACUAUUGCAGGGAGCAGCCCUAUUACCUGAACCUGAUCGAGCUCUUCCUGCAGAGUUCAUAUCAGACUGAGAUCGGGCAGACCCUGGACCUUAUCACAGCCCCCCAGGGCAAUGUGGAACUUGACAGAUUUACGGAAAAGAGGUACAAAUCUAUUGUCAAGUACAAGACAGCUUUCUACUCUUUCUACCUUCCUGUAGCUGCGGCCAUGUACAUGGCAGGCAUUGGCGGGGAGAAGGAGCAUGCCAACGCUAAGAAGAUCCUGCUGGAGAUGGGAGAGUUCUUUCAGAUUCAGGAUGAUUACCUUGACCUCUUUGGGGACCCGAGUGUGACAGGCAAGGUUGGCACUGACAUCCAGGACAACAAAUGCAGCUGGCUGGUGGUUCAGUGUCUACAACGGGCCACUCCGGAACAGCGUCAGAUCUUGCAGGAGAAUUACGGGCAGAAGGAGGCGGAGAAGGUAGCCCGGGUGAAGGCACUAUACGAGGAGCUGGAUCUGCAGGCUGUGUUCCUGCAGUAUGAGGAAGACAGUUACAGCCACCUUAUGAGUCUCAUCGAGCAGUACGCUGCGCCCCUUCCCCGGGCCAUCUUCUUGGAGCUAGCAUGCAAAAUCUACAAGCGGAAGAAGUGACCUAGACUGCCAGGAUGGGGAGAGGAGGCUGUCAAUAAAUUAUUGUGUAACCUU